GGAAGUAUAAGAACUACCGGAAAAGCCAAACCUUAGGUUACAUGUGUUUGCUCCACUUAACAUGGUCCGGUGAACAAUGUGCCAUUUGAUUUUGAAUUUUACACAGAAAUGUAACGGUUGAAACAUUAUUGGCAGCAAUUUAUGCUCAUUGUAUCACACGACAACUAGGAAUACAUGGAGGGAAUUUAGCUAGACAGCUUAGCUAACUUUAGAGACGAGACGCGCUGUAUCCUACCGUCGUCAUGGCUGAGGCGUUCAGUAGCAGCUCGGAAAAUGUAAUACUGCGUCAGGUUGACGUCCAAGAGACGAGGAGAACACCUCUGGAAGAGCUUGAUGAGUUCUAUCAAAUUCAGAAGACCUGCGAAUUUGUCCGUCAGAAUCACUUCAGAAAGGUUGCUCUUCAGUUUCCCGAUGAACUUCUGCACGAUUCCACUGCAAUUGAAGCUGAGAUUGAAAGAAUUACCCAAGUCAAAGUGUUCAUUCUAGGAGACACAUCCUAUGGAAGUUGCUGUGUGGAUGAGGUGGCAGCAGAGCACGUCGGAGCAGACUGCAUCGUGCACUACGGCCGCGCCUGCUUGAGCCCAUCGAAACGGCUGCCCCUAAUGUAUGUCUUUGAGAAAGCAAGCAUCGACUUGGACAAGUGCAAGUCGGCCUUCAGAGAACUCUACCCUGACACGCAAGCCCACAUCCUCAUCCUGUAUGAUGUCAGAUACACACAUGCCAUUGAAAAUCUGGUGAGACAAUUGUGUGAAGACUAUCCAAACGUGGUUUCCUCCCAGCUUGUUGUGGAAGGCGAGCAGUGUUACAGCCACGGUCAGAGUAAAAAAGAGGCUGAUGAAGAGCAGCCUCGCAUCCACUUUGGAAGGCAGUUAUCUCUGAAGAGCGGACUGAGCAUCGAAGAUCACAACAUGUUUUAUAUCGGCCAAGAUGGACCAACCUUACGAAACUUCAUGAUGACGUGGAACCGCUGCUCCUUCUCCUCCUUCGACCCCGUGACAUCUACGGGGAAGAUGGAGUCGGUUAGCGUCAACCGUGCGCUGAUGAAGCGCUUCUACGCGAUAGAGAGGGCGAAGGAUGCCAACGUGGUGGGCAUCUUGGUGGGCACUCUUGGCGUGGCUGACUACCUGGUUAUAAUCCAGCAGCUAAAAGAGACAAUCCGAAACGCUGGCAAGAAGAGCUACGUCUUCGCUAUGGGAAAACUCAAUGUGCCGAAGCUGGCUAACUUUUUAGAAAUUGACAUUUUUGUUUUGAUUUCGUGUCCGGAAAACUCGCUAUUGGACUCCAGCGAGUUCUACCGACCCGUGGUGACGCCGUUCGAGAUGGAAGUGGCCUGUAACAGGAGCAGGGAGUGGUCAUCGGAAUACAUCACCGACUUUCGACAUCUCUUGCCAGGUGGACAAAAUUACGUGCCUCCGCCAGAGGGUCAGGAAGACGGUGACGACACGGACGUGUCUUUAAUUACCGGAGCGCUGCGGAGCAACAAGCUGGACCGCAAUCAUGAGUUCUCGCAUAGCUCCUCACUUGUCCUAAGGAACCAGACGCUAAUUGUGGCUAACACCAACUCCGCAGCAUCAUUUCUGGCGACUCGGAGCUGGCGCGGUUUGGAGCAGAAGUUGGGAGAGACGCCCGUGGAGAAAGCUGUGGAGGGCAGGAGAGGCAUCGCUAUCGCCUAUGAAGAAGAAGGAGCAUAGUGGCAACAUGAAGUUCCUCCACAAAGGAUGCAGGAAAGAUGCCAGUGUUUCCAUUCGAAUGUCCUUCCAACCAAUCCUGGUUAACUGCAGGAGGGAGGAAAAGCAUUCCAUCAUGACUGAACAGUUAAAAACAAUAUGUUUAAAGAGAAGCCAUCUCACUUUUUGAGAUGAGUGUAAUUUUAUCCCCUUGAUUAAAACCAAGAUCCUCGGGAUUUGUCGACUCGAAGGGGUGAAGCGCCACCAAAACGGUCUCAUUGUUUUGUGGCUUUACUGCGCUUUCCUAAACAGGAUCAUGCAAUUAAUUUAUUUUUCAAAAAUAUAUUGGCAUUUAAUUGUACUGACUUCUUUGGUAUUACACCACAAUUUGAGGCGCUUGCUAUGGACACUCCAAACGCUCUCCAUGUCUGUAUCGUCAUUCAUGGCACUUGUUGCAUCUGAUGAUAACCUACAUUAAACGCAAAUUUACACUUGGCUUAAUCACAAAAA